CUGGGCUGUAUAUACAGAGCGCUGCUCUCGAGGCGCGUGGCGGCUGAAGAUACCUGCAAACUUUGUGUUGUGAGGAAUGAUCGCCUGCUAUUUUGCAUGAAGUUGCAGUUUUAAAGAGGGAGACAGCUCGACCAGCGCGAUACCUUUCCAUUCUAAGGUGUGCUCUCAUCUCUUCUUCUGAAGCUUCACCACGGCCCUCACCUGCGUGCUCCACUGUUUCUCCUGUGAGUCGUCCUGGGCUGAGUGGCCCUUCCUGUUGCGCCCCCGCGCCGUCUCUCCCGCCACGGUCGCCAUGACGCGCUCCAAAACCUUUCAGGCCUACCUGCCCAACUGCCAUCGCACCUACAGCUGCAUUCACUGCCGAGCACACCUGGCCAACCAUGAUGAGCUCAUCUCAAAGUCUUUUCAAGGGAGUCAAGGCAGGGCUUACCUCUUCAACUCGGUGGUGAAUGUGGGCUGCGGCCCGGCAGAGGAGAGGGUACUGCUGACCGGUCUUCACGCGGUGGCCGAUAUCUACUGUGAGAACUGUAAAACCACUCUGGGCUGGAAAUACGAGCAUGCCUUCGAAAGCAGUCAGAAAUACAAGGAGGGCAAAUUCAUCAUCGAGCUGGCCCACAUGAUCAAGGACAAUGGGUGGGAUUGAAAACCCUGAACUCCCCACGGCCCAUAACGCUGGAAAGAGACAUGCAGCAUAUGAAUAAUUAGUUUCAUUAUCUGGCUGUAACUACCUCCCUGGAAAUCUAUCUACCUGACACACACCUCUAAACCUUGAGGGUGUAAGGUUCAUAGCAGCAGCACUACCCAUUUCCUGUGUGUAUGUAUGAACGAAUGUGUGCCAGCAAGACACCAAGUGUUUCUAUUAUGUGUGAGUAUUUUCCUAUUCAAUUCAAGGGAGUGAGUGUGUGUGUGUGCAAAUCGAUGCACAAAAUGACGUUUGCUUUCCUCUGGGUUGCCCAUGUUCACAGUUUUUAUCCCACACUCAGGUUUAACUAAUGGCUGUAUCCAUGGUAAAGAAGGGUGAAAGACGAACCCAUUUAGCUCAUCUGAGGUGAAAACGUACUAAAACAGAAACGUUGUCCGUUUGUUUCCCUUUUCUUUUGUGUCUUUAUUUCCUCCAGUUUUGUCAUUUUCACUCGCAUGUUGUUUAUUUAUACAUGUAUUUAUUGAUCUGUUCGUUUUGGGACGUUACGUUUAUGGUAAACCGUAGCAACCACAGUGGUCUUACUUUGACCUCGUAUAGCGGAAGUAGCAA